GGAAAAGGGGCCAUUGCACGGUCAUGUGGAUUCCUCGGCCAUGCAUGACCGCGUUGCAUAGUUGUGCUACAAUUACGGGCAACACCGGGAUUCUACACGGUCGUACGACCUGCCCGUGCGCAUGCCCAGUUUGCCUAUAAAAGGGCUUGCACGGCUGUGUAGCCUCAUUUUUUCCCCAACUCUCGCCGGAAACCUCUCUUCUCAAUGGAAAAUUGCACCAUUUCGCUCUCCCCACCGAUUUUCCGACCAUUUGGGGUCGUUUUUUGCGACUCUGACCUCGGACCCACUCUUUCCUCCUCCUUGGUGGCCGCUUCCCUAGUUUUCAGAUGAUUUGCGUCGGGUUUGAGUCGCUGGAGGCGAUUUUCAGCGAGACUCCGACGAGCAUUUCCGGGCAAAAUUUUGGCGAUCCGUUGCUUCUCUUGACUUCCCCUCACGUUCCCCUACACGUCUACUAGAGUCUCCAGGUUUGAUUUUACCUUUUACCUUGUGAAUUUUGGAGAAUUAUGUGCUAGGGUGUUCAGGUUGUGAAUCGAAUUGAAUGCAUGUUUUGCUUAAAAUUGGCUGAAUGGAAUGCUAGGAUUGAGUACUAGGAAGGUUUUGGAUUGUGAAUCUUGCAUGAUCGGACCCUUGUGUAGUGACUUUGGGAAAUUUUCAUGUCUAUCUUAUUCAUGCCCACAAGGUGUUCGAUGAAAUGCCUAUUUUUCAUGCCCUUUGUGGGGUUAUUUUGUGGCCUUAAUUACAUGAUAUAAUUGGGUGCUUGGUAUGGUUGCGAAGCUCGUGUUACAUAUUUUCAUGUUUGGAGACAACCCCCUCUUGAUUGUGCUUCGUUGUUUGAGUUUUCCUUUAUGAACUAUAGCUGGCAACAUGGUUCUGUUUUGGAUAAAUUCAAGUGUGGGGUGUGCUAACCUUCACCUGGUUGUUUGUUUUGGCACCACGAUGGUUUGUUUUGUUGCAGGAUCAUGUCCAAGCCCAACCACAAGCAUUGUUUCAUUCAGGAUAUGAAGUCGGGUCCCCACAGAGCCCAGUAUAAGCAGGUCUUGGAGGCUAAGUUUGGCAAACACCAUUUUUGGAGCAAGCGGGCGUUACAGAGCAUCAACCUCUAUGACGCCCUCUUGGCUGUUGUCCGUAACCAAAUGUGGCGAUGCCUACUUGCCUUGCACGAUCAGGUCUACUUUGAGCUAGUGAUCGAGUUCUACUCCACCUUUGAGCACACCGAGACCGAAGAUUGGCGGGACCGUGGGGCCAUCAAAAUCCGGUUGGGCGGUGAGUAUCCCUCCAUGAGCUAUCACGAUCUUGCAGCUGCCUUCGACCUCGUGCCCGUCGACUCUAAUGACUUCGUCGUCGAGGUCGCCAACCCGAGUGGCUGUCUCUUCUUGACAGUGUACCACCAGCUUGCCCGACCUCCUUACGACACCGUCGCUGAUGGUUUCACCGCCGGGCACACAAAGGCCAGCACGCUUCAAACUGAGUAUGGACUUCUCCACCACUUGCUCACAAAGUCCUACAAUCUGACCAGCGAGAGUGCAAGCACCUUGACCAAGUGGUCCCUCUACUUAUUCUAGUCGAUGUGCGCCGCUAUAGGUGUCAAAACAUAGCCCGACCCGAUUAACCCGCCCGAUCAACCCGACCCGCAACCCGAAUUGACUAAAAGUCAACAACCCGUAACCCGCCCGACCCGCAACCCGAUUGACCUGCAACCCGACUAACCCGCAACCUGAUUCACCCGAACCCGAUUGACCCGCAACCCGACUGACCCGCAACCCGAUUAACCCGAACCCGAUUGACCCGAACCUGACUAACCCGUAACCCGACUGACUCAACCCGAAUUUCAUCUAAUCCACUUGAAUAAUUAUAAAAAUAUACAAUACAUAGUUUUUCAAAAUAAAGUUUUUCAUUCUAAAUUUAAGUAAAAUUAUUUUUUCAUUUCGUAUAAGAAAUUUUAAAAAUAUGAAACUCACUUGAUAUUACGUAUUUUAAUGAAAUUACAAAAAUUGAAACAUGAAUGUCACUUGAGAUCAUGACAAUAUUAAUAUAACAUAUACAUUAAAAUUUUGGUUAAUUUAACUAUUCAAUAAAAUUUUCAAUUAAAUAUAAAUAAAGUAAAGUAAUGCAUUUGGU